AUGCCUGUUGCUAGCGAGGACUCGGGUCUUGGAGGAGAUUUUGACCAACGGAGGGCUAGCCGAACGAGCAGUAGCAGUAAAGAUAAGCAGAGCCUCAUGUGUGCCCAGAACAGACGGAAGGCCCAAAACAGAGCAGCCCAGCGCGCUUUUCGGGAGCGAAAAGAGAGAUAUGUUAAGGAUCUUGAGAGCAAGUUAUCUGCGCUCGAAUCAAGUACGAACUCUCUUCAAUCCGAUGUCGAGCGACUCAAGCUCGCACUGCAAUGUGUCCGGACGGAGAAUGAGAUUUUGCGAGCCACAACUGGACAAUCACUUACGACAUCACAGCCAGUGUCAGUGAGCUACUCAGCACCAGACGCGCAUCUCCAAGAUAAUGACGCCAAGGAAGACGCUUGCAAUGUUCAAGGAUCCCGAAAUGGGAGCAUGAUCAACGCUGCCGGUAAGGACAAUGCUGCCUCCCGCCGCAAGACCAAGGGCCGAGAGAUCCCUGUUGCCCAGGCUUGGGACUUCAUUCAGUCACAUCCUUUUGUUAAACAGGGUCUAGUGGACAUUGCAAUUGUCUGCGAACGACUGAGAUGGGCUGCAACGUGUGAUGGUCACGGACUUGUCUUUGAAGAAAGCUUAAUCUGGCAGGCCGUCGAAGAGUCGAGACGAAUCGGUGGGGACGGACUUAUCUGA